GAUACCAAGCCGUCAAUGAUGUUUGGCGCUGAUGGUACUGGUGGAAGUCUUCCAUCGCCUUCGUAUAAGUCGGCAGAAAUGGAUCGACUUGUAUCUCGUGAUGAGACAGAUCGUCGACAUACUGUUGGUCGCUGCAUGGAUGUCAGCGAAGUUUCACUCGUAGUGUUCAAAUUUGGUGCUACAGAAUUCUCAUUUACUGAAGUGAGUACUAUUCGAGCAAGCACCGGCAAGGUUGUCUGUUGCCACUUCUCAUCAGACGGGAAACUGCUUGCUACUGGUGGACAUGAUAAGAAAGCUGUACUGUGGCAUGCAGAUACUUUAAAGACAAAAACAACUCUGGAAGAACAUUCUUCUUUGAUCACAGAUGUUCGAUUUAGUCCAACCAUGCCACGCCUGGCAACAUCUUCUUUUGACAAGACUGUCAGAGUCUGGGAUGCUGACAAUCCUGGUUAUCCUCUUCGGACUUUUAUGGGGCAUUCUUCUACUGUUAUGUCUCUGGACUUCCACCCAGAUAGAGAUGAUCUUAUCUGCUCUUGCGAUUGGGAUGGUGAGAUAAGAUACUGGAGCUUUUAUAAUGGCAGUUGUUCGAGGGUAUUCAGGGGUGGCCUAGCCCACACGAGAUUCCAACCGCAUCUUGGAAGGUAUCUUGCUGCAGCUGCAGAUGAUGCCGUAAAUAUAUUUGAUGUAGACACACAAGCGUGCAGGCAAACCUUGCAGGGGCAUAGUAAGUCAAUCGAUUCUGUGUGUUGGGAUUCUACUGGCGAGUUACUUGCGUCUGUCAGUGAGAACUCUGUGAGAGUUUGGGCAGUUGGGUCGGGUAGUGAAUGGGACUGUGUACGCGAAUUGAGCUGCAAUGGAAACAAGUUCCACUCCUGUGUGUUCCACCCAACUUAUCCUUCAAUUUUGGUGAUUGGAUGCUACCAAACCCUGGAGCUUUGGAAUAUGGCCGAGAAUAAGACAAUGUCUUUGCCGGCUCAUGAUGGACUAAUUGCUGCAUUAGCAGUGUCAAAUGUGACAGGCCUGGUUGCUUCAGCUAGUCACGACAAGACAGUGAAGCUGUGGAAGAGUUACUUUGGCAUCUCCAGGUAUUUGUCCUCUGCGCUCAGUUUGGAAGACUGAAUUUGCUGUUCCCAUCAAAGUUCUUGUAUUUUGUCCUUGUAUCAGUUACCUCAGUAUGCCCAGUUGGUGUCGUCUCACUGAUAAAAAUAUAAAGCUUCUCACGAGCGAUGGGAUUUAACUUUGUGACAUUCGUUGUUGUUGUACAUCGGGGGAUGACUUCUUCUGUCAAGCUGAAGCUUUCUGCGAAUGCUUCAGUGACCUGUAAUGUUUGGCCUUCCGUAGAGAAGGAAAUGUUCUUGGAUAGGACUCUA